ACACUACUCACAGUUGCCCUCUUCCUAUCAAAAAGAGUAAGGUGCUUAGGGACACUAUUUGUGAUCUCAAUUUUCAUGAAGAAGAGUCGGAACCUGCUCCUCACCGCUGGGACCAGUUUAGUAGUUCUUAGAAAUAUCCGCAACACCUUGGAGAACCUCACAGGCCUGGUCGGGAGUAUGAUUUGCAAUCUGAAGGCCAAGAAAGCAGCCAUCAUCGCUCCGUUCAGUAACUACGUCAAGUUGUUGAAGUGGCUGGGGAACAUGCUCAAGGGGGUUACAGAUUUGGGGGUGGUGAACCUUGACUCCAAACUCAAGGUUUCACCCAGACUGGAAUCAGAAAAACUGAAGGGGAAACUCAUUGAAGCAGAGCAGCAGCUGAACGAGACUGUGAAGUAUAUGCAGUACCUUAUGAAUACAGUCUCCUCUGUGACCGAUAAGAUGUUUCCUGCCAUCAGCUUCCUCGUGCUCAUGAUGUUUAUAGCACUGUACAUAAAAAAAUACUGCAAUGACAUGAAAUACCAAAAUAGGUUUGUGAGCAGCAGAUUUGUUCGCUUUGACGAGAAGCAGAAGGCGGAAGGAAAGCCCCACAUCCUCCCACUCACACCGGAGGAAGAAAAGCUGUACACUGCUGUCCCCUCCGCCCGUCCCACCACCAGAGAGGGGAGAACUAUGCUGAAAUUUGGUGUUCCAGUUGUCUCCCAUUUUGGGAUUGCAACUUUGAUAGGUAUACCAUUUGGUGAGGAAACCCAUCAAAAAGACUUUUCCUACUCUGUGACCCUAUUUGAGAAGCAAUGUCUUCCUAAACCCAAGCUGCUGCUCUAUAACUCUGUCGUGCCUUUGGCUGCCAUCCUGCUCACACUGCUCAUUAUGGCUCUGAUGGCUGCCAAAGUGGCCCAGCUCAGGCUGAUGGUCUGUGAGCAGUUCUUCUCCACCGCUGCGGAGCAGAGAGUGCAAUACCUGCACGCCAAAAUUCUGAGGAAGAGAUUAAAAAAGAGGAAGGAGAAAAACAACUGCAGCUCCACAUCACUCUAUUUUAAGGCACAUUUCUGGUGCCCGCUGCUCUUCAGGCCCAAAGAGGAUCCGCAAAGUAUCGUGUGA